AUAGGGAAGCGCUGUCUGUCUAGGAGGGGGCGUGCACUCCAUUGGGCACACAGUUUAGAGGAAGUCCUCCCCUCCUCGGUCAGGUUCUAUCAUGCUCUCCCGGCUACUGAAGGAACAUCAGGCUAAACAGAAUGAGCGGAAGGAGCUGCAAGAAAAAAAAAGAAGGGAAGCCAUUGCAGCCGCUACAACUCUGACCGAAGCUUUGGUAGACCAUCUAAAUGUAGGGUUAUGGGCCCAGACAUUGGAGAGGAUACCCCAGGGCAUCCAAGCACCCCCAGCAGCACCCAGGCACUGGAAAGAGAACUCUACAAAUCGGGUGGCACAGGCAUAUGUCAAUCAAAGAAAGCUUGACCAUGAAGUGAAGACCCUGCAGAUACAGGCUGCACAGUUUUCAAAGCAGACAACACAGUGGAUUGGUCUGGUGGAAAACUUCAAUCAGGCUCUGAAGGAGAUUGGUGAUGUGGAGAACUGGGCUCGAAGCAUUGAAAAGGACAUGAGGAUAAUUGCUACUGCUUUGGAGUAUGUGUAUAAAGGCCAGCUGCAACCCUCUGCCUCCUGAGCUUCCGCAGUAAAUUCUGAGAAUCCAGAUCUGAGACUUUAACCUCAAGUGUUUCUUGAACGCGAUAAAGCCGUGAAGUAUUGGCUGUUCCUUGGUGAAAGUGAGGAUUAUAGACUAACACUGUGCAGUGUGCAGAAAAAUCAUUAUUUUGGCAGCCUGCAGUUAUUACUUAUAAUGCUAACUAGGUUUCAUGAUGUCUCCUAAAUACGGUACAGGGCACUGAAGCAGAUAUACAGCUUGGCAUUCGGGUUCCCUUUGAUGGCAUUGACAGCUUAAAAUGGAUAUCUGAGGGCUAACCCGGGUUGCAUCUCAUGAAAAUUAAAGUGUAUAAUUUAUACAUUGCAACAAGAUUUUUAAUGCACUAACAAACAUUGAUGAGAUUCUUUACAUUUAAGUUCAUCUCUUUCCCUUGUAUUAUUAAGAAAAGACUGUAAAUGCUUUUGAAGCUUGAAAAUAAUAAAUAACUGUGCUAUAUACUGUGCAAUAUCCGUGCUCUUCCUCA